UCGACCUUCUUCCCUGGCUCCUCUCUUCACUGCACUCUGCAAGUCUUCCACUUCCACCACUUCCACCACUUCCACCUUCGCCCGCUCCUCCUCCCUUCGCUUUUUCCAAAGCACCACCAACAACUACUUCCACCAAUCCAACAACUUCCAUUCCAACUUCGCCAAAAUGUCUGAGGUUCCCAAGAAGCAGAUGGCUCAGGUCAUCGAGCAGAAGGGCGGUCCCUGUGUCUACAAGGAGAUCGACGUCCCUACUCCCGGCCCCGAUGAGGUCCUGGUCAACAUCAAGUACUCCGGUGUCUGCCACACUGACCUGCACGCCAUGAACGGCGACUGGCCGCUCCCCGUCAAGAUGCCCCUGGUCGGUGGCCACGAGGGUGCCGGUGUUGUCGUCGCUCGCGGCGAGCUCGUCGACGACAUUGAGAUUGGCGACCUUGCCGGUAUCAAGUGGUUGAACGGCUCCUGCCUGUCUUGCGACUUCUGCAUGCAGUCCGACGAGUCUCUGUGCCCCAAGGCUCUGCUGUCCGGUUACACCGUUGACGGCACCUUCCAGCAGUACGCCAUUGGCAAGGCUGCUCACGUUGCCAGGAUCCCCAAGGGCACCGACCUUGCUGCCAUUGCUCCCGUCCUGUGUGCCGGUAUCACCGUCUACAAGGGCAUCAAGGAGGCUGGCGUUCGCCCUGGCCAGACCAUUGCCAUUGUCGGUGCCGGUGGUGGACUGGGCUCCCUCGCCCUCCAGUACUGCAAGGCCAUGGGCAUCCACGCCAUUGGUGUUGACGGUGGUGAGGAGAAGGAGAAGCUUUGCAUGAGCAUGGGCGCCACCGCCUUCGUCGACUUCACCAAGAGCAAGAACAUCGUCAAGGACGUCCAGGCCAAGACCAACGAGGGUCUCGGCCCCCACGCCGUCAUCCUGCUCGCCGUCAGCGAGAAGCCCUUCCAGCAGGCCGCCGAAUACGUCCGUCCCCGCGGUACCGUCGUCUGCAUUGGUAUGCCCGCUGGUGCCUACCUGAAGGCUCCCGUCUUCGACACCGUCGUCCGCAUGGUCCGCUUCCAGGGCUCGUACGUUGGUAACCGCCAGGACACCAAGGAGGCGCUCGACUUCUUCAGCCGCGGCCUGAUCAAGGCCCCCUACAAGAUCGUCGGCCUGACGGAGCUGAACGACGUCUACGACAAGAUGAAGCAGGGCGCCAUUGCCGGCCGCUACGUCGUCGACACCUCCAAAUAGAGCAGUCGCAUUCUAGACGCCACAAAAUACCCAGGGGAUGAAGAAGGCGUUUGCAGGCGGUUGAACUCUGUUAUGAGGACUUUUCCUUGAUUUGUUAUUUUUCUAGUUUUAUUUUCCUUUAUGAGGUUCAUGAUGAUCAUCACUGGGCGGCGACGAGAGGUCGCCCGCUGUAAAUAAAUACAUAUACAAAUACUCCUACUAGCUUCCCAAGGGGGAAUUGAACAAACU